AGAGAGAGAGAGAGAGAGAGAGAUUGUUGCAAAUGGGGAUUUGCAGCAGAGGGGAGAGAGAGAAAGAAAGGGGGCAGUGGCACUCAGUGACAGAGUGCUAUACACAAUCACAUGCACACACACACACACACACACACACACACACUCUCUGUUUCCUCUGUGUCUCUUUCCAAACGUGUCAGUCAACCAGUCAGUUGAUUAUUUUUGUGUGUGUGCGUGUAGUGGGGGAAUGUUAAAAAGAGCUCGAAACCAUCCUUCAUCUCUAUGACCGACGGACAAAAGAAACAGAGACAAGGACAAGGGGACGUAAAGUUUUUCACAGAGGAGACUCACCCAGCAGUCUACGUCCUGACACCAACACUGCAGCUGUCUAUGAGCUGCACUGAGGCAGAGGAGUGGACUUUCCAACAAUCCUGACACACGGAACGACCCUGUUGAAGCUCCCGGCAGCAGCAGCAGUAGCAGCGGCAGCAGUAGUAGACGCCAUGUCCUCUCCCUCCCUCCCCAUGCCCCCUCUCCCCCCCAGCCCUCUGGCCAUGGAGUACCUAAACGACUUUGACCUCCUCAAGUUUGAGGUGAAAUCUGACACUCCUCCGCUCGCUCCACCAUGUGUGUAUCCCAAAUCUGGCCUCCCCCAAGACCCCGCCAGCUCUCCGUACACCAGCCACCCUCCCCAGGACUCCAGUUUGAGCUCCAGCCCUUACAACUCGCUGCCACCCUCACCGACGCUCAGCGACGCCCACCCACCGCCUUCGGGCUCUUCCUCCCUCUCUUCGUCAUCCUCCUCCAUCUCCUUCCCCCUCUCCAUCUCCAACAGCUUCACCUCCGGCAUCAGCUCCGGCUCUCAAGGGAACGUGGAAGGCAGCCCGGCCCACGGCGGGCCUCAGGGUCCCACCCCGGCCUCGCUGGAGGACCUCAUCUGGCUGGCAGCACUGCAGCAACAGUUUGGAGGGGAGGUGACAGGGCCCGCCACUUUGCUGGGGGCCCUGGGAGGAGUGCCAGAGAGAGGGGACAGAGAGAAGGGGCCCGUCAAUGGCUUUUUGGGCUGUGAGGAUGCUGUGGAGGCUUUACUGAACUCAGCUGCUGCAGCUGUCAGCUCACAGUUUCCAGGCCUUUCUCAGAGUUCGAGCAGCAACCUGGGAGAUUCCAGCAGCGACAGCGGAGCUGACAUCUCCUGCCCCAAAGGGACAGACAUGUGCCAUCGCCCGCUCGUCUUCCUCUCAUCGGCACCUUCCUCACUCCCCAACGCCGCCGCUUCCUCAGCUUCCUACCCACAACCCCUCAGUCCCCAGGGCCGCCUUCAUCACCACCAGCAUCACCAUCAUCAGCACCACCCGCACCACCCCAUGCAUGGCAGCCAUCACCAUCAUCACCACCCACAGAUGAGUCAGUGCGGGGUGAAUGACCGCUUCUCUGAUGAGCAGCUGGUGAGCCUGUCAGUGCGGGAGCUGAACCGACACCUGCGGGGAGUGAGUAAGGAUGAGGUGGUGCGCUUGAAGCAGAAACGCCGCACGCUCAAGAACCGCGGCUAUGCCCAGUCCUGCCGCUACAAGCGCCUACAGCAUCGCCACGCUCUGGAGUCAGAGAAACAUGUGCUCACACAACAGUUGGAUCAGCUACAGUGUGAGCUGACUCGAGUGCUGAGGGAGAGAGACGCCUACAAGGCUCGUUACGAGAAGCUCCUCAGUACGAACCACGGCAUCGGCGGCGACGUCCCACCGACCCGCACCAGCAACCCACCUUCCCCGCCCCCUGACUACUUCCUCUGAGUUUAACCCACAGGGAGAGGAAGAAAGAAAACAGAGGAAUGAGAAACCAGCCAAUGUGGAGCAAUCAAUCAAUGAUGAGUAAUCAGACUUGGGGAAGAAAACAAGGAUGUGUGUGUGUGUGUGUGUGUGUGUGUGUGUGUGUGUGUGUGUGUGUGUGUGUGUGUGUGCGUGUGUGUGUGUGUGUGUGUGUGUGUGUGUGUGUGUGUGUGUGUGUGUGUGUGUGUGCGUGUGCGUGUGUGUGUGUGUGUGUGUGUGUGUGUGCGUGCGUGUGCGUGUGUGUGCAUGUGUGUUUGUGAGAGAAAGUGAACGAGAGACAUUGGCAGGCAGUUCUGGGGCGAUACAACUGUGAAAUCCACUCUUGAGUAAUUAAAGGGGAAUUGACUGUUAAUUCAUAGGGUUAGACUCUCAGCUCUAGGCUGCUUUGUGGACUGCUCUUACUUCACUGUGAAUUAUAGUUGCACAAAAACUGGCUGAGAGUGCACCAGCGGAAAAAUAAGACUAUGAAAAAUGGAUCGAAAAAUCGUUAUCUUGCAUUAAAACGUAUCCAUAGUCCCUGACACUGCUGAACAUAUUAUCUAUGCAAUAUUAUAUAGCUGCAAUGUACUCUCCAAAUGAGUGUGAGGCUCAAACUGUAGUUGUGUGUGUUUUUUUUUUUUUAUAAUACGCUGCUAAAGCUGCAGAGGUCUGAGUAGUGCAGUGGUGCUGGAUGUGGAGUGGUAUGGGCUUGGAUAAAGUAUCCACGGCAUGCAGUUGUAUUUGCCAGCUAACAUUUCACAGUUGCCUACCAAAGUGUUUAAGCUCACCAAGACUUGUUAUUCUUUGUAAGAUAAGAAUCAUAGAUUAAAGAAUGUACAAGGAUACCUUUCAUGGGGAUCUUCCAGUGAUUGUGCUAUAUGAAUAGUGGGGAUAUUGCUCUCGUGUUUUACCAAAGAAAUCUACCUUUUGCUAGUUAGAAAUGGCGACUUUCAGCCAUUAACAGUGACAGGAAAGACUUGCCGUUUGCUCUCAAAAAUGUUUUUUUUUUUUUUUUUUACAUACAGAGAGCUGGUAGUGUGCUGAACUAAAGCGACCGCAUAUGGUGAAAGAGAGGAAACAACCCAUCGCAGCAGGCAAAAAGAGUGUGGCAUGAUUUGUGUGGUUGUGUCCAGUUCUCCAGACAAGAGAGGCUAUUUUUGGGCAAAUUGAACACCUCUGUUACAGGGACGGUCACCAUAUUUAUGCAACAUGCAGCACCACAGAGCUGGUCACUGUGGAUUCGGGUACUGUGGGCUACGGAUGCAACAGAAAAUUAACGGUGCAGGGAUUAAAAAAUAAAUGAAAAAAAUGCAAAAAAUCUCUUUGUGGAGACACCUUCUUAACUGUCCCAUGGAAUCUUUGCCAGGGUUCAUGCAUUAGAGAUAUUUAUUUUGUUUGGGUGUAGGUUAAAUAAAUUGUUUAUUUAUUCACUUAUUUAUUCAGUAUUUAUUGUUUAUUUAUGUACUGAUUCUAAUUAUUUUACUUUACUGGGUUUAUUCCAUUAGCGUGUAUUUUUACUUUCCUACAGUUUAUUAUUUUACCCAUUUGUGAUUAGAAUUAACAUUAUUACAAAUAUGAUGGCCAUUAUCAUGGUUUCUUGCUCCUGUUGUAGUGUGGUUUCAUAUGCACAUGAAAUAAACAAAGUACUUUACCAUC